AACAACACGUGAAAUUUUUUUACUACUAAUAUUUUAAAUUUAGUGAAAUAUUUGAAUUUUAGUCAAUAAUAAAAUAAUUGCAAAUAUGUCUGAGUGUAUAGUAUGUAAUAAAACAACAGAUAAAUACAAAUGUCUCAAGUGUUUUGCAUUCUACUGUUCUCUGGACUGCUACAAACAACAUAAGGAAUCACCUGAAUGUUUAGAAUUGGUCAAAAAUAAAACUAAUGAUGGAGAAAUCAAAGAAUGCCCUAAUGAAAUUGACGAACCAACAGUUCAUGAGCCAUUUAAAACAGAAGACACCGUGGCGCUAGAAAAACUCAAAGCAUUAGGAUUGAGUGAUGACAUAAAGAAUCUUCUAUAUAAUCCACAUUUAAGAAAUUUAUUAAAGGAGAUCGAUACAGCACCAAAUGCAUGGAAAGCCAUUAGAGCGGCCAUGCAGGAACCACUGUUUUUGGAAUUUGCUGAUGAGUGUUUGAAAAUAGUAGAACCUGGCACAGAUGAAGAUAAUCUAUAAUAUGUACAUAUAUUUUAUUAAAGUCUGAACAAACAUUAAACAUAUAAGAUUAUUAUCAUGUAAGAAUUUAUUAUUUUUUUAAUAAUUACCAUUACUCGUUGUGUAAAAAAAACAUAA